UCUUGUUGCACCCAUCUUUAAAACAACCAUGAAAAGACUCAGAGGUUUCAGACUGGGGAGAAAGCUAGUCAGGUUCUUCAAAUGGUUAACUCGAUCUCGAAGAAAACAACCCAACUGCUACCUCCUCAGCCGGAAGUAUAACCCAGUUUCCAAAAUCUGCUCUUUCGCUCGCCAUCUGCGCCGUGGAGCUAAGAGAUUGUGCAUUCCAAAAUCGGAUCCAGGACUCAUCCGUCUGGGUCAGAACAGAAAGACAGUGGUGGUGCCCAAGGGGCAUCUGGCUGUAUACGUGGGCGAAUCAAAUGAUGACACGAGGAGGGUGCUGGUGCCUGUUAUAUACUUCAAUCACCCGCUGUUUGGGGAGCUGUUGAAGGAAGCGGAGCGGGUUUACGGGUUCAAUCAACCGGGAAGGAUUAUGAUUCCUUGUCGGGUCUCGGAUUUUGAAAAGGUGCAAAUGAGGAUCGCCGCAUGGGCUCAUUCUCUGCGCAGGCAGCAAACUCGGUAUUGGCGAUGA